AACGUGUCGCUUCCUGGCUUCGUUUGCACGUUUCGAAGCAGCGUCAUACAGUAUUGAACAGUUCCUGUUAGCAUUAGCGUUAGCAUUCGACAAGAAACAGCGCAGAAGCAAAAAGUCGCGGGGAGUUUCUGGAGCUUACCCCAGCUGACUUUGGCCAGAAGGCAGACGACACCCUUAACUGGUCGCCAGUCAAAGGCAGAAAGAGGCGACUUUCGAGAAUGCGGGGCCGUCACAGAAGUUCAUAUCUCGGCCUGCUGCUGCUGGUCUCGCAGCUCUACAAGCUGGGCUUGGAGAACAUCCCUCCCGUCACCCUGGCCAUGCUGGGCCUCAACGCUUACCUCUUCCUCUUCCCCGCAGCUCCUCUGAUGAAGGCAUGUGUGAGCGUCCAUCAGGCGUACUGGUCGGGCGAGUGGCGCCGCCUCCUCCUGUCUCCUUUCCACCAUGCAGACGACAUGCACCUCUACUUCAAUAUGGUGUCGUUCGUCAUGAAGGGGAUCCGUCUGGAACGCCGUCUGGGCAGCGUUUGGUUCGCAUACGUGCUGGCAGUCUUCUCGCUGCUCACCGGCGCGCUCUACCUGGCGCUGGAGGCAGGGCUCACCCAGCUGACCGAGGACCAGUCGUAUAGCGCCGCCUGUGCCGUCGGAUUUUCAGGGGUGAUUUUUGCACUUAAGGUCCUGAACAACCACUACCACCCCGGCGGCGUGACAUACGUGAUGGGCUUCCCGGUGUCCAACCGCUAUGCCAGCUGGGUGGAGCUCGUCCUCAUCCACAUCACAGCGCCCGGGACCUCCCUGAUAGGCCACCUGGCGGGUAUCCUGGUGGGCCUCCUCUACACAACCGGACCACUGAAGAAGAUGAUGAAGAUGUGUGCUGGGCUGAUGUCAUUCAGCACUUCUGCACCCAGAACGUACCACAGAUCCUCAGGUAACAUGCUGACACCAUGCUACAGCGGCAGACACUCCCAAAGCAAUCAGUACACAGCAGAUGAUGGAACAUCAACGUACACGGACGGAAUGACGGAGGAAGAGCAGCUGGCGGCAGCCAUCAGGAACAGUCUCCGCGAAACAGGACGCCACGGAGACGGUGCGGCUCGAUUUGCGGCUCCACCUCCAUACGGCUUCCGAUUAACGGAUGAGGAGCUCCGUGCCAGGAGGCUGAUGCGAUUGGAUGGAUUCAUGUAAAAAAAAAAAAAAAAAAAAUGAGAAGAGGGUUGCCAUGCUUCUUCCACCAAGUGCUGGCCACGGAAACUGAUGAGCUUUGGCCUUUUGGAAACUUUUUGAUAUGAUUGCGAAGUACUUUUUUCUAAUGCUACUUUUUUGUCUUUUUAUUUAUUUGUGAAUGGCUCCCGUUUCAUUAUUUACAUUUGUAAUAAAAUAUUAAUGAUUAUA